AUGAUUUCCAGAGCUAUCCGUCAUACAAAGUUAAUAAAGACCGGGUUAACUUCAAGAUUAUUUGUAAAAGCUGCCACUGUGUCAGUUUUGCCUCGUCAUUUCAACUUUCCAGCCAAUAAUGUUACAACUUUUAGAAGAUUUCAAAGCAGUGCCACUUUGCCAAACAAACUAGAGGGUGAGUUGUUAUUACAGUUUACUUGUAAUAUCUGUAACAAUAGAUCCAGUCAUAAUAUAUCCAAACAAUCAUACGAUCAUGGAACUGUCGUUGUUCAAUGUCCAUCUUGUAAAUCAAGACAUUUGAUUGCUGAUAAUUUAGGGUUCAUGGAAUACAACAAGAAGUUUGACUUACAACAAUACUUGAAUUCAAAAGGUGAAUCAAUUGAAACUAAUCCCAACGUUGUUGAGUUCAAUGAUCUUCCAGAAGACUUGAAGAGUAAAUUGCAAGAAAUGAAAGACGACGCUCCUUCUGAACAAAAAUUAGAUCUCCCAAAACCUGAUGAUAGUAAAAAAUAG